AUGAGUGACAGUAAAGUAAUGGAUAGUGAUUGGAAUACGGAAAUUUACCGACCAAUUCCACAACUGGAACUGGCUGAAGCUCCCGAGACGAAGGAACCUUUGGCGCGUAACGAUGACAUCAAACAGAGAAGUGCACAGAGCAACAUGUUCGUCCAGAGCAUGUUCGAUAUGACGCUAAUAACGAUAAAUUUUUGCCAAAUAUGCUACAUCCUUAAAGUUGGACCGGGCUUAGGAUGGUUGUACUACUUUCUGCUAGGAUUGUUCGGUGUCUCACUCAUACUGCUAUUCAUGCACGGAUUUAUGGGAUUGUGUGGAAGGUUGCGAUGCAGCAAACCUCUUCCUACCAGUUGUUUCAACUGUCUGUACAACACGUCCAUGUUUAUGGUUGUGGCAGUGUACAUGGUAAACCUCGUCGGCAAUGUACUGAUGCUAAAAGAAGCCGAAAAUAAGUGUCAAUUGAUGUUAGAGCAUACAAAAUCGAUCAUCUCUCCGCCACUAGAUUUACCGCAGUAA